GGCUAGUCAGCCCAAAGCAUACAUAACAGAGAUGAAGAUAAAGUGAAAUGGCAAAGAAAAAUGAUAAGCAAUCUGGUUUAACUGAGAGUAAACAAAAGUGACCAAAAGAGAGACUCACUGAGUCAAUGAUUGAUUUACAGUAGAUUCGUAUUAAAGUAGAAAAUCAAUCACCCCAAAUGAAGACAUUGGGGAGGACUUCAACGGAGAAGUUACUGAUCUCUUUCAUUAUCAUCCUAUCUGCUUCAACAGUUACUUCAUCUGCAGACAGAAAGCAGAGCACUGUAAUAUCUCCUGAAGAAGUUAAUAUUUCACUACCUGUACUGGUGGAUACAACGGCUGAGCUCUAUUGCCCUCCUGUGCUGUGGACAACUGUGGUGGUAGCAACAUGGGAAAUAGUCCUCAGAGACAAGGCCCCCUGCUUCAGAGCCUACAGGGCUGAUACAAAUGAGACCACAUCAGGAAACUGUACUGAUGAGAGAAUAAUCUGGUCCUCCAGACUUGACCAGAAUCCUGCCCUUCAGAUUGGUCCAGUGGCCGUCACUCAUGAUGGGUAUUACAGGUGUCAAAAGGUAGCACCAAAUGGGAAUUUCCAUCGUGGCUAUCACCUCCAAGUAUUAGUACCCCCUGAGGUGACCCUGGUUCAAAGCGAGAAUGGAACUGUGGUGUGCAUGGCGGUUGCAGGGAAGCCGGCUGCUCAGAUUUCCUGGACCCCUGAGGGGGACUGUGUCACUGAGCAAAACCCUCACUGGGGCAAUGGCACAGUGACUGUCCGGAGUAUGUGCUACUGGAAGGCCCGUCAUGUACCUAAUGUGUCCUGCACUGUCUCCCACGUGACUGGCAACAAGAGUCUCUUCUUAGAGCUGAAUCAAGGUGCCGGAAUCCUGGGAUUUCCAGCAUCAUACCUGCUGAUCAUUCUGUAUGUGAAAUUCCCUCUUUUCUUGGUUAUCUUGGUCAUCGUGGGAUUCCUCUACUUCCAGAGAACAGGUGAUCGCAGGAAAGCUCUUUAAAGAAAAAUGAAGAGGUCCUCUUUUGCUUUUCCUUCUUACCUCCUGGAUUACAACAUGGAUGUGAUGACUGGAAGUCCAGCAGCCACAUUUGGCCACAGGAACACUGAAGAUGGAAUCUACUUGCUAAGAUGGUAGAAAAGAAAGAUGGAAGGGUUCUGGACCUUGAUGACCACAGAGUUCCCGUACCAACCUUAGACUACCUACCUUAAACUUUGGCGUGAGCUAGGAUAAACAUUUUUUGUUCAUGGCACUGUUAUUUUUGGUUUUUGCUCCAUAUGCAGUUGAACUUAAGCUGAUUGAGUUUGCCAAUUACAAGCUUUGCUCUCAGUCUUGCAACACAGGUUAUGCUUUAUUCAUGUGCAUUUUCAUGGCCUGUUUUUGUUCUUCCUCUAGUGAUUAUGAAGCAAAUAAUAUUUAAUUCAUGUGUAUUGCCAUGGUCUGUUUUCAUUCCUCCCUUAGAGAUAAUGAAAUAUAUGUAACUUCAGAAUAUAGUAAUCAUAGGUGUGAGAGCCAUCUCUAAGACAGUUCCAGAAGAAUUUCUGGUUAUAUAAACUCAAGGGAUGCUUGUGAUAGGAAAUGGCAUUUGGGGAUAUGCAAAGAUGAUCUAAUAGUCAGCCAGUCCCAAGGCAUGAAAGGGCAUGUCUGCAUUGUAGAAUUGGAAAGAUAAAGAUACUGUUGUGGGCUUGUAGAGAAUAUGUGAGCCCAAGAAACAGAGGAACUGAAAUACAUGGGACAUUACCUAUCAAAUCUUUUUCCAUGAAAAAGACUCCAUCAUUCCCUGAAGAGAUUUAUCUGAAUUCAUGCUUCUUAUCUGUUCCCUUCUUACUGCCAUGAUUUUCUGGGAAGAGUGAAAAGCUAAGCUACUCCCUCUCAACUUCCUACAAGUGCAUAAAGACAAAAAAAAUUUUUUUUAAUUUUCUGAACACAUAUAUGUAUGCAUAUAUACAUAUAAGACAAAUUAAUUGUGGUCCUAAACUGAGGGAAAUUGGGAAUAACUUUUAUCAAAACACAAUUAAGAGCCACUAGAGGGUGCUUCAACUUAAUUCUUUUAACUAUUUCCAAGCAAGCUAAAAUCUGACCCCAGACAGUAAUCUUGCUUUUUUUUUCUUUUAUCAUUCCAUACAACUGUCCCUCCAUUUACUAAUUCUUUAGGUCUUCUUAGUUGUUAGUUCUGAAACAAUUACAGAAGAAAGGGAAAGUGGUUUAAAUUAACUUAAGGAGAAAAGUUUUUUGUUUUUUGCUUCCAAACUUGAAUUGCAUUACCACUGUCAAUUUUAGCUGAAACAUUUUGUUUAUCAAACAAGAUAGAGGUAAGCAUUAACAGUCUCAUCUCAGGGAAAGGGGAAAUGUGAGAAUCUCUUAGUGGUUAAUCAAAGUUAGUACUCACUUAUUUCUUAAACUGGGAAGUUGAGAUCACUCCAUUCCCUAAAAAACAAAUAGCUGCUUGUUAGCCUUAAUGGCAGCAGAUGGUCAGAGCUACAAAUAAAACUAGCUGGCCUUUUCUACUUCCUGGGUCCAACCCUUAUCUCCUCCCCCAUCAUCCUUAAGAGGCACACAUGGUAUUUUAAAGCUAGAGGGAAGCUGCAGAUAAAGUAGGCCAACUUCCUCAUUUUACAAAAGAGGAAACUAACACUCAGAGUAAACUGACCACUGGGUGUUACCAAGAAGCCAGCUGGAGUGUGGACUUGCUUUGCUUGCUAAUGAGAGCAUGCAUGAAGUGGGCUUUAUAGUUUGUUUGGUUUGGACUGAGACUUAGGGUUCAAGAGAGAAUUUACCAAAGCCUUCAAAAGGAUCCUAAGAUGAAAAAGUGAAACAGCACAUGAAAUAUUCAUGACAUUUACUAUCUUCAAGGAAAGAUUGAAUGUUAUCAUGGUUAACAAUUGUCACCACAUGCCAAGGACCUCACAUGACAAGUACAUCACAUCUAAACUGAGAAACAAGUGCAAUGGAGAGAUUUUAAAAAUUGCUUGUUUAAAUCUUAUUAUAGUCUUUUCUACAAUCUGGAUGUAAGAAAAGAGGCAUGAGAGGAAAAUUUGUCUGUUUAGGGAAAUAUACCAACAGUUUAGACAAAUAUACCAACAGUUUAGACAGAGAAGAGGGCUCAGGUUGUAGAAUGCACUGGAAAUAGCAAAAUAAAGGGAAAUAAAAUGAUCAGCAAAACUUAAAAAGUCUUCUUUCUGGGUUCUAGUAAGAGGAAUUUUGGAAGCUCUUGAGGAAUAAAUAGAAACAGAGUAGGCCUUUGCUACAAAAGCUCUUGAGGAAUAAAAGAAGAAACAGAAUAGGCUUUUACUACAAAAAGAAUUGGUGUGUCAUAAAUUCUCUAUGAGGGGGUAGCUAAAGAAUAUUAGAAUUAAAGAUGCCUCUCUGUUAAUAUUUAGUUAAAAACUGUUAGACAUAAUUGCAUGAUUAAUGGUGAUUUAGAAAUGAAGGAAGAGGAAACUCUGCCCACAUUUGGGGGGAACAGAACAAAGAGUGCAUAGUUGGCAGGCCUGGUGAUGAGAAAACAAGGAUGGCCAAAAAUUAGUUGGAAUUAGCAGUUUAGGGAGAGAGAUGACAAGAAGCCAGCAGAGGAAGGCAUGCACUCCACUAGGCAUUUUCAAAAAGCUGGGGAGGGUGUUGCAGUUCCCCAAAUUACACUGGCCAGAGAUUCAGUUAUUUUAUUUGGCCAUUAAAGGAAAAAGAUUUUUCCAGAAGAUUGGAACUCUUAGGGACCAUUGGGAACUGCAAGGAUGCUUAGGAAAAGAAGCUCACAGUCGACCAGCAGAAUUACUCCUUGAACUCCGAACACUUAACUAUAUUAUGUUCUGAUAAUAAGGAGAACUCCAUAAUCUCUGAAGGUGGCUAGAUCUAGAGGUUGGCAUUCUCCUGCCUCUUCCCAGUGACUUGUAGCUUAGAAUUUUCUGGACUAGAAGAAAGAAAGAAAUAGGAAGACUCAGAAAUUCUUAAAUUUCUAGACUUUUCUCUUUUUAGGGCACUGCAAGCUCUCUGCAUUCCUAAAUAGCCACAAUAGGCCAUAAAGAUGGUAUAGCAGAUGUGCCCAGGAUCUGUGUGUAACCAGGCCCAGUGAGAGUCAGUGUCCACAGUGUUCAGAUGGGAAGCAGUUCCCUCUGCUAUUUUUCUCUCUUAGAUUUGUGUCCACCUGUACUUCCUGGGUAGAAAGCUGAGCAUUUCCUUCUCAGUGCUGGCCAUAUGUCUACACUGAGAGCUUUAGUUCUGUCUAUUGCUAGCUUCCCACAUACCUCUAGACACAAUUUAUACCUGAAAUGGUAUUGAAGGGCCAGAGGACCCCAAAAUUACAUUGUGGGGGUGGAAUGGAAUCUUUGCUAGAAGAGGACAGCAUAUCUCUCUAAAUUCCAAGGGGUGGUAUUUCUGUGGAUUGGACGGAUGGAUAGAUCGAUCAUGGGAAAAACACAGUCAAGUCCUGGAAGCAGGGUCCAAAGGGCUAGGAUCUCCAAGGGUUUAUUUAAAUUUCUUUGCUAAGGCUACCUAUAGCACUCACUUUGAUGUAUUCUGAGUAAAUUAAUUCCUUCAUUCAUUAAAUGUUCAUUAAUU